CCUGUUGGUAGUGUUAGUGUCGUAUAUAGACAGUGUCAGUUAUAGUCUAGUCUAAAUUUGUGCGGCGUGAACUAAAUACGUGUUGAUUUAGGAAUUUCGUUUUUGGUGGAAAAAUGUGGCUUGAGGUGACUUUACUUUGGAGUUUGAUUUGCUAUUGCACCGGCGACAUCGAGAAGCGAGCUCUGAUCUUCCCGCCAACAAGUCUUUAUGGGACAUUUCUGGCGAUCGCCGUGCCGAUCGACAUCCCGGACAAGAACGUGUUCGUGUCGUACAACUUCGAGGCCAACUACAGCCCCGUCACCAACAUCACGCAGGUCGACGAGGUCAUCUUCCCCAACUUACCCGAAAUCAGCCGCAGACAUAGCCGAAGCAUCACCAGAGAAUUAGCUUACACAGUGUUGGAAGCAAGAUUCAGGGAGCACGGCAUGAAGGGCAAGGAAUGCAUGCUGCGCAACAUCUGCGAGGCUGCCGAGACGCCGCUGCACCACAACGGGCUGCUGGGACACAUCAUGCACAUCAUUUUCACGCCAUCCACGUCCCGUGAGGAAGGUCUCUCGUAUGAGUACUACCAAGCUGAGCUGGACGGGCAGCGCCAGGACUGCGACAAGUACCUGGACCUCUGCCCCUUCAGCGUGUUCGACGUCAUCACCAGGCUCGUGGAGUACCCACACUGACAUUCUACACUAGGGUCUUACCACACCAAUUGAUCGAUUAUCAACCUAAAUAGAAACUCUUCUUCUUUGUCGUAUCUGACGUUCGCGCGGCGGUGACAUACUCUCGCGGCAAUCAUGUGCUAACCCUGCUGGCUGAGAGACGUGACGACAUCAUCAAAAUGAGACUCUCCAUUUGCACCCAACGUGUGCUGGGUUUCUUCGGCCAUCUGAGCAGGCACCGCAUAGUCUAGAGAAGCUCACAAUCACGGGACGCAUGGCAAGGAAGCGAAGACGUGGAAAUAUGGGCACAGGUUGGGCAGACAGAAUAACGUCUGUGACAAAGACCACAUUGCAGGCCAGCAUGCACCGGUGGAAAUAGAAACUAGAGACAGGCAAAUAUAUGGCAACGAUUUUAAUAGAAUUAAGGAUUGAGUAUAAAAAUCACAAUUUCAUCAAAGACGUUUCAAAUAACAUUUGGACGUGCGAGGCUUUCAAAAUCGUUGUCAACAUGGACUGACUUCAUCUUCCAGACAUAUUAUUAUAAUGACACCGAUCUAAUGGUGUGUUAAAAAACUAAUCAAAGUUAAAAUCAAGACUGUGGUGAUGUGGUGAUACAGUCCUCCAUCUGAACUUAAAUCUUAACAAUUAAAUUAUUGAUAUUAGUAUUACUUUUUGUUUGUCAUUUGUAAAUAAAUACACUUACAGUUUGUGAGAAUUCAAAAGGGCAUUCGGUUUUUGAGUGAAAUCAGACUGACGUAGUCGCAAAAUUUACACUAAAGUAGUGUAGGUACUUAGUAGUAGUUUUCGUCCCAUAUUAUAGCUCUAAAAUUUUAAAGUCCUUUUAGAAGCCCUCACACUGUACUAAUUAAAAUCGUAAUAUUAAAAAAAAUCCUUGUUAAAAAUUAAUGGAAAUAAGUUUCUGUUAACGUUUAAUGACGAAAUGAAAUGUAUAUUUUAAUUUCUGUAUAAUUUUAUUGUGUGCAUAUCUUUUAACCCGAAAGUAUUUCACAUAAUAUAUUAUUAUGUGUUACAGUAGCUACUAAAUUUAAGUAGGUACGAAGUACUUAAAUUACUAAGAUAUCAAAUAUUUAACAAAGUAACUUCACAGCCAUCAAAGUAAUUCUUAUAAGUUAAAAACUUACAAAAGCAAUUCGAUACUUACGAAAGUUAAAUAAUACAUACAUCCCUAUCCAGAAAUAAUGUACCGCCAAAACUGCUCAAAAUAGGAAGACUUAAAAUGUAUUUUUUUUUCAAAGUACUUUAGAUAUUAUUCCUUUCAUAAACAUUUACUAAAAUUGACAAGCCGAUGUAAAUAAUUUCUCCCUUUCCAGCAUACUAAUACGUAGGACAGAGACACGCGAUCAAUCAAAGCGCUUAUUAACUUUAGUAAACGUGUACGAAUACGAAUAAGGGGGUUCGUAAGUGUCAGGUAAAUCACAUUUUAAAGUUGUCCCUACUCACCCCAUUUGACGGUAGGUAUCUGCGUACACUAACUCUGACGUCGAGACUUGUUAGUGUAGGCAUAACAAAAUACCUACGUAUUUCUAUUCAAAAUUCUUACAAUUAGGUAUCAUAAUGACACUAUGGUGUUGCAGGCAGGGUGCGUGACGUAGGUCAGCCACAAAAUGCAAACAUCCACUUUCUCCAAUAAAUAUUAUAAUGUCUAUAAAUACGUUUACAACACAGAAGGAAUAUCCAAAGUUCAGAAGAUAGAAACACAGAAGGUAACAGUACGGAAGAUAUUUAGAAAUAUAAAAUACAGCGUAAACAAAGGCAAAGCGAUAGCGAUCGUAAUGCGUCUAGCGGUCAUAAGCGACAUGCGUUUCGCGUCAGUAUCGUGCAUAGACUGAGGUGGGGCGCGGCGCUUGCCGGCCGGUACUGGACGCAUCGAAACCGGGCGCCGCGAACAAAGAACUGCUAUCGCGGUGCGCGUUUGCAUAGCACACAACGACCUGUUGGUACGGCAAAUUAUUGACGGACGAUACAUAAACUUAACGUGUAUAUUAUAAAUAUGUAAAUGUAAUAUAAUAUUGUGU